GGUCGAGGCGGGCGAGGUCGGGGCUUUGGGACUUGCUCUCCACUCAGGUGCAAAGAUGGGGUGCUUCACCUUUAUCAAGGUCAUGAUGAUCCUCUUCAACCUGGCUAUAUUCCUCGGUGGAGGGACCCUCCUGGGAGUUGGCAUCUGGGUCACCGUAGAUGGACAGUCAUUCCUGGAUAUAUUUGGGGCACUCUCCUCCAGCAUCCUACAGGUUGUGAACGUGAGCUACGUCCUCAUCGUCAUUGGUGCCAUCCUGCUGGUGAUCGGCUUCCUCGGGUGCUAUGGUGCCCAGAAGGAGAGCAAAUGUCUCCUGAUGAUGUUCUUCUCAGUGGUGCUGAUCAUCUUAAUUGCUGAAAUUGCUGCUGCCGUGGUGGCUCUGGUCUACACAGGUCUUGCGGAGACGCUGCUGACAGCCGUGGUGACCCCUCUCCUGAAGGAGAAGUACGGGGUGGAUAAGAGUUUCACGCACAUCUGGAAUGUGACCAUGACGGAGGUCCACUGCUGUGGUCUGAAUAACUACACAGACUUUGAUGACUCCCACUGGCUUGAGGAACAUCGGACCUACCCACCGCCCUGCUGCAAGGACAUGCAGGCCUGCAACAGCACAAUUGCUGCACAAAGCGAAGUCCCGGGUUGUUUCGACCAGAUCUUGGAAGAAAUCAAGACUAACGCGGGAGUGGUGGGUGGUGUGGCAGCCGGCAUCGCUGCCUUGGAGAUCGCGGCCAUGACGGUUUCCAUGUACCUGUACUGCCAUCUCGAUCAGAAAUGACCCCACAAAGCAGGAGGAUGACCUGUACCCCCCCAAAGCCGGGGUGCGCCCGUGGCGUGCCACGCUCUUAGGGGGACCCCAUUGCUCCCUGGGCCUGAUGCUGUCCUGUGCACUGUGAUUUAUAGCUAUGUUUUGAUCUACUGAGCUGGGAUCUGUAGAGUUUAUGUGUAUAUUUUUGUACUGAUACGGCACACUGGGUCUGUACAUAGAGAUUUGGGGGGUGUUUGGAAGGGGGGUGCGGGGAGGCGCGGAAGCUGCUUCGUCUGUUUGGCCAAUGUCAGCAGGAGAUAAAGCAGCACAGGGACUGAUCGGGGCUGCUGAUCUGGCAGCGGCACAGUGAUGUCUUGAUUAAACCCUUGCAGCCACGUACGGUACUUCUCCCAUGCUGUCCCCAGUGUCCCUACGCGGGGGCUGGUCCGUGCUCCCCCCUUCAUCCCUCCAUUGAACCGGGGCUGGUGUGGUAGGUGGUAACUACACCCUCACAUGGGGAUGGAUCUACCCCUACACCCUUUUUCUGCCAGCCCUGCCCCUGUCACUGUGUUGUCCCCUAGUUGCUGCCCUGCCCUGGCAUGAAGCACAGCCCUGUUGGUCCCUGGCUCUGUGAUGGCCAGGGCUGCCCCGUCUCCCUUCUUGUUUCACGGCCGAGCCCCUCUCCAUGCUGUAAAGAAAAAAAAAAAAAAACCAAAACCCAAAUAAAUUUUUCAUCUUGGAUACA